ACUUACGCUUUGGGUGGGGAUAAAGCUCCUGAUGUCUUGUCGUUUUUCUGGUGGCAUGAUAUCUGCAAAGUACAAAACGUGUUGGCAUGGAAAAAAUACUUUAUGUAUGCUGUGCCAUGCAGGCAAUAGAGGAAAGGGAGUAAAGUCAUCUGAAAGACUAAAUUUUUCGCCCAUGCUUGAGGUAUGGACUGACAGCCUUGAUAACUUAGUUACCAUUGUCAGCCGAUCAGCCCUCGCCUCUGUGUCUGUACUCUACACUGGCAGCUCGAUAUUUGCAUGUAAGGUGAGCCUUCUGAUAGCCCCUCCCUUUCAACCAGUGAAAUGCUAGCAUGCCUAAAUCCUGGAGCUUCUGGGAGAGUAUGCUAUGGAAUUUACAUGACUUCACUCCAAAGAUAAUGCGAAGGAGUUCGCACAAAUAUUGGUAGGGACAAUUCUGCGCUCCCAAAAUAUUGGUAGGGACAUGUCCCUACCGUCCAUAUGCAAACCUACGCCCUUGGUGCCAACAAUUACCAGUAGAGAACCACAGGGACAAUUAGUUUCCAUUAAAACCAGUACAAUUCCCAUUAUAACCAUUAAAACCAUUACAAAUUCUGUGAGGGUUUCUAUUGUUUGUUUGUUUGUUAUUCAGCAGGCCUGUCUAGUUGAAGUGCACUGUCCUGUGUAUCCAUUGUAUUGUUUGCACUCAUCUCACUCUGUUGUGCAUUUUGCACUUUAUGUAGUUUUGUAUAAAUGUGUAUUGUGCCACUGUAUUGUUAUGUGCUGAACCAUGGUCCUGGGGAAAUGGCAUUUCAGUUCGAUAUAUUCAAGCUAUAUGCUGUAGAGGGAUGACAGUAAAAAUCACUUGACCGUUUGGUUACUCCAGUGUACCUGUAGCUGUAGGAAGAACAGAGAGAUGUUAGAGAUGAUACACAGACUGAGUCACUAAACAGUCAAGCUCCAAGUAAUCCAAUGCUGUAAUAAUAGUAGUGAUACAUAUGGAAAGAACAUGGCAAAACAGAGCACCUACACAGAUAUAUAAGGUUAAGUCAGGGGCGUAGUGCUGGGGUAAUACUGUUUCAGGGCGACGUGUGUUCAGAAUAAGAGUAUUAAUACUCAGCUAAUCACAGAAGGGAUUCUGCGACUGAAUAAUGUCCACACUGGGAUUUAAGCUUUGGGUAUGAGUGGUGCAACCGGGUGGAGACGGCCAAUGUUGUGGCUUUUGCUGCGCAACAAGUAGGAGUGUAGAGCGCAUGCGCGGCGCUCAGUAAACCGCUACGACCGACAGGAGAGCAGAGCCGCUUGCGCGCGGAAACCCUCGCCGCUUGAUGUUUGUCAGUUGUUUCCGGUUGUCUGAGCAUCCAGGACAAACAGCGAAGAAGUCAGGUUUGUCUUCUGCAUGAUGGACUGACCCUCCUCUGUUGGCAGUGUGUAUCCACUUUCUGCUGUAGUGUGUGUGACUGAGUGUGUGAGUGACGUGUGCUCCAUGGUGACCCAUGGGCCGCUCUCCCAUCAGCCUGUCCACACUGAAGCUGGGGAGGUUAAAGGUCAUCCGCAGGCAGCUGCUUCAGCACUACGAGCACCAGCCCUUUGUCUCCUGCCUGGCUGGACUCUAUGGCUGCCAGUGGAGGCGCUAUCAGAGGGCCAGAGCCCAACCUGGGGAGUGCUGCUGUAGCAGGUUGGAGUGUGCUAGUUUUCUCCUCCUCCUCAUCACAUUUUUCCUGACACUGGUGUUCCUGUAUUUCUGGAGUCAGGCUCAGAAUGACUACGAUGAUUUUGAUUGGUUUAACUUUGGGAAUAUGGGCUUCUGGUUUCCCUGGUCAGUGGUGCUGCUGGUGGUGGCGGCGUCACUUUUCACCUACAUCGCCCUCCUGCUGGUCUUAGCGGUGUGUCUUCUCUCUGAAGGACAGAGACUUUAUCUGCACUGGAGCCACAAAAUUGGUAUUCUGGUGACCCUGACAUUCUCUGUCAGUGCCACAGCUGUACUCUCGGAUCUAUGGAGCAAAGAGUGGCAGACCCUCCUCCUGUCCUUUCAGGUCACAGCACCUUUUCUGCAUGUGGGUGGAGUCUCACUCAUGGCUCUCCUGUCUUGGCCAAUAGCCUUACACUUCUUUCGAAUGAAUAAAAGAGUGAGGCAGGUGGCCAUCCUGGGCUCAUACCUGGCUGUGCUCUUUGCCUUGUACCUGGUCCCUCUGGGCAUGUAUUCCCCCUGCAUUAAAGAAGAGGGCACACUGGGUCCAGCACCCAUCCUCAUCGGGCACAGAGGAGCUCCCAUGGUCGCACCAGAGAACACACAGCUGUCUUUCCAGAAAGCUGUGGAGGCUGGAGGAGAGGGCCUAGAGACUGAUGUCACUAUUAGCUAUGACGGUGUCCCAUUCCUCAUGCACGACAGCACACUGAGGAGAACAACUGACGUACGCAAGGUGUUUUCCAACCGAACUAACACUCCAGCAGCCAUGUUCACCUGGGCCGAGCUGGAGAUGCUCAAUGCUGGAGCCUGGUUCCUGCAGAGGGAUCCAUUUGGCACAGCAUCAUCUUUGGACCCAGAUGAUCGAGCCCAGGUGGAGAACCAGACAGUGCCCACACUGAAAGAGUUUUUGGACUUAGCUGCACAGCACAGGAGUUUGGUGAUCUUUGACCUCCGUCGGCCACCUCCAGGUCACCCAUACCGGAACACAUGGAUCACCCGAACCCUGGAGGUCAUCCAUAACGAAUCCGUUAUCAACUCUAGCCAGGUGCUGUGGCUUCCAGCAGAUCAGAGGGACCUGGUGCAGGAGCUGGACCCAGAGCUGCAGCAGACUUCCGGGAGCCGAGCAUCCAUCGAGGAGCUGCAGGAGAACAACAUCGUCCGCCUCAAUCUGCACUACAGCUCUAUGUCCCAGGAGCAGAUCAAUAAAUAUGCCUCUGUGAACAUCAGCACUAACCUGUAUGUGAUCAGUCAGCCGUGGCUGUUCUCUCUGGCCUGGUGUGCUGGAGUUCAUUCAGUCACCACCAAUGCACCGCACCUCCUCAAGGUCCUCCACAAGCCCAUAUUCCUCAUGACCCCACACGAGUACAGUCUGAUGUGGAUUCUAACAGACGUUGUGUCUGCCAUCCUCAUCACAGCUAUUUUCAUAUUCCACUGGUGGCGAGAACGAGGCUUGCCAUUCUGGUCAGACAGCAAGCAAGUGCACGAGAAUGGCCUGUACAGCAAAUUUAGAACUGAAAUGAGUGACGUGUGGUCCAUCUCCAGUCUCAGUGUGCGAGGGGAGGUACGGAGUGGGCCCACCACGCCAAACCUGCCCACCAUCACAGAAGAACCGAGAGAAACGAGCGUUGAGAGAAAGGACUGUUUCUCUGUUUCGACUCCAUAAAGCGAUCCGUCUGUCCAUCGCUGACGCCUGGGAGCUAUAUUGCCAGAACAUUUUCUUUUGAGAUUCAGACUAAGAUUUGAACCACUACUUCAUAGAGAACCAGCUGCGUAUGAAGUAACCAGCAUCUUCUCACUAAAACACAACAACAACAAAAAACGCCAGGAUUCAUGAAAUAUUUAUCAUAUGCUCCUUAUUUAGUUCUGAAGGUAUGAUCAGUCUGUGCCAUUAUGAACACCUCUGGAAAUGUACGGAUUCUCAUAUUUGACAAGAAAUGCUCUUUCAGUGCUCAAUCAGUCAUCAGCAGAUGGAAAAAAUAGAAAAACUUAAAGCACUUUGUGUGAUAAGGCUAAACAUAAAAGCGUAUAAAUAUAAAACUUUUUUUGCUACAUUAGAAUUGUAAUGCUAAUGUAUUAUAGCUUAUCAAUGAAUGUAUCUUAUCAACAACUUGAAUAUAAGCAUGACUGCAAAAUCACCACUGAGCUUCUGCUGCUUCUGCAGCACUGUCCAAGUGGCCAAGAGAUAAAAUUACAAACCAGUAUAAGUAUUUAAUCAACGUUCAAUAGUCGAUACCUAACAGCUGUCAGUCAGGCAACAUCGAAGUACCAGAAUGAAUCUUCCAGACUUUUCUGAAGCCUUCAGAGACAAUCAGCGCUAACACUUACAGACUGAGGCUGUUUUCACAAGGAUAUUUUGGCUUAAAAUAUGUGAUAUUAUAUGCCACUGAAAUGUUGUAAACUCAUUCAAACAUGGAGGCUUAAAAAUGUAAAUUCCCAUGUAUACUUAAUGAGAGAGGGAAAAAAAUAGCACACAACACAUCCAAGAAACAUGCACAGAAACACGCUUAAAAGCUUCACUGCAGCUAUGGACAGAAUAGUUAUUCAUCAUUUACUAGAUUUUCAGA